AGACGUACACAAGCCUGAGUGCCAGACAGACAGACGGACGGAGAGAAGAAACAAACAAGAGAAGAGAGAGAGGAGAAGAACCACCUGUUUCCCAGUUCUCUGGAACUUGACUUCUCUAUAGGUGAAACAAUGUCUCCAUCAGAGAACUAGAACGUCAUUCUGUUCUAGUUCUGUGUUCUACAGUACAGACACAGGUUGUUUUAGAACCCUGGCAUUUAUUCUAGAAGGUUUGUCAUUAGAAUUCUUACAGUUGACCACAGACAUCUUAUGUGAUUACUAGCUAAAAAAAAACGUUCUGUGCGGAUGAAUCUACAAAUGUUUUGUCUUACAGCCUAUUUGACCAUAUUUUCCUGAGUUAUUUGAUCCCAGUUCUCCUUUGCCAAGAUAGAUCAUUUUCAGGCACGUUGCUCGGAACCCGAACGUAAGGCCCGUUCUAGAUCUGUAGUGGACCUGACCAAUCCGUAUAGGAAGUUGGGAUGAACCGACUGCUGCUGUUGUGACGUCUCCUGUGUUCGACCUCGUCUCAUCGAUCUCUACCGGCUCUCUACUCUUCUUUUCUCCGUGAAGAGAAACCGGCUGCUGUUUCUGGUUGGCUGGUCUGUCGCACUGAGAUUGAGGUGAAGUCACUGCCCUUUUCACUAACCGCCGAGUGUGAGAGAAACUGUGUGGAUUGUUUCACAACUCUCUGGGCUGCUCAGAGACGGAGAGCAUAGAGAAGUCUACUGGGACUGUCAAUCAACACAUCCAUCAAUCAAACAAUAGACAUAUUGAUCUAUCCAGUGACCGACCUACAUUGUUCAGUGUGUCCUCUGUGGACCUCCGUCCAUCCAGACUCGCCCUCUCUCCCACCCCUUCUCUCCCACCCCCUCUCUCCCACCCCCUCUCUCCCAACCCCUCUCUCCCACCCCCUCUCUCCCACCCCUUCUUGCCCGGGGAAAAAGUGAGGUUGAGUGGGAUGGCUGAGGGGCAUGCUGGGCAAUACCCCCAGGUGUUCGUGGUGGACAGCCAGGCGAGCUACACCCCCUUGCCCAGCAGGAGGCACUUUAGGUGGGGAGGGAUCGGCCCGAGAGCCCUUCAGCUCCUGGUGGGUCUUGCGCUGGUCGGGAUCGUCAUGGAGGCCGGCUUCAUCGUGCACUUGUACAACAGGACAGGGGCUAAAACACACUAUCUGUUUCAGAGUGGCUCAGCUCAGGGUCUGACUGGAUCUGAAGAGACCAAUGAGAUUUUAGUCAAGCCUACGAGGUGGAAAUUCCCACCUGAGAUCCAACAGAAACCCUCAGCACACUUGAUAGGCUCCUCCCUGUCAGUGGGUGAGGAUAGUGUUGUUCAGUGGGAAUCAGACAAGGGCCUGUCUGCCUUCACAGAUCAGAUGGACUACAAAGAUGGCCGCCUGGUAGCACAGAGGAAAGGGCACUACUAUGUCUACUCCAAAGUGCACUUCGUUGAAGACUGCUUUCUGUUCAAACACAAGGUGAUGAGGAUCACCGAGGGUUACAAAAACAAACCACUUGUGUUGAUGAAAGCUAACAGGUUCCAUUGUCCUUCCCAGGAUUCCAGACCGAAAAAGAUUUCUCAUCAGAAUCUUCUGAACAGCUACCUGGGCGGAGUCUUUCGUCUGUUGCCUGGAGACAUCAUCUACGUAACCGUGGACAACGGGACGCUGCUGAGACUUGGAGCUGAAGAUAAUUUCAUGGGGGCAUUCAUGAUUUAAGAGACACACACACACAC